GAGGGAGGGAGAGAGAGAGAGAGAGAAAGAGAGAGAGAUGGCUGAUCCAACUCCCCUAAUUCUAUCACGAACCGAGUCAGAAACUCCGAGUGGUAUUAGGAGGGUAGAGGGUGAUGAGAAAUACAUACCCCCCUCAUCCUCCUCCUCCACCUUGGAUGAGACUAUCGAACAGUGUCUAGGAGAUUUCGGGUGGGCUCAGUUCUUUCAGGCUGCCCUCGUAUCAGUCGCGUGGGUCUUUGACGCACAACAAACCUUCGUCAGCGUGUUCACGGAUGCCCAACCAACAUGGCACCUUACUACUACUACUGGCGGUGGUGACACGAUGAUGAUGAUCUGCCAACUUCCGAGGAAUUCAUGGGCUUGGGAUAUGCCCAUCGACACCUCCAUAAUCUCAGAGUGGUCAUUGGAGUGUGCCGGUUCGAUAAUGACAGGGCUGCCGGCGUCAUCAUUCUUCAUGGGUUGCCUUGCCGGUGGAUUCAUCCUGGCCACACUUGCAGACUCCUCAUCACUGGGUCGCAAGAACAUGCUACUCCUAUCCUGCCUCCUCAUGUCACUUGCUGGCCUCUCCACAGUGUUCUUCUCCACCAACAUCUGGAUCUACUCAGCCCUCAGAUUUGUUAGCGGCUUUGGCCGUUCCACCAUUGGAACCUGCGCUCUCGUCUUAUCCACGGAGCUCGUCGGGAAACGCUGGCGACCCCAGGUCGGUAUUAUUGGCUUCAUUUGCUUCACCCUUGGCUUUCUAUCCUUACCAGCCAUCGCUUACUUCAAUAGGGGCUCUUCAUGGAGGUUACUGUAUCUGUGGACAUGUGUUCCGGCAAUCUUCUACUGUGUCUUAUUUCAUUUCUUAGCCCUCGAGUCUCCCAGAUGGCUCUGCCUCCGAGGACGUAAACAAGAAUUCCUCGCCACGCUUAAGACUCUUGCAACCCCUGCAAAACGUAGUAGCUUGAUGACGUCCUCGUGGUGUUGGUGGUGGAGGGCGUUCCAGAUUGGGUUGGAGAUGAUAUCAUUCUUCAGUGCGUGCACUGCGUUUAACGUGCUGCUGAUUUACACGAUAGAGUUGUUUCCGACGUGCGUGA